UCCACCGCUGCUCCUUAUUGACAGAUUACUCUAAUCUGAGGAGGAGGACACGCUGUCAGGACCUGCUCGGCUUCUUUUGGGGGAACCACUUUGUUUAUUAUGUGCUAGCAGAAGAUGUGUUUUCCCCUUUCCACCUAGAAGAUGAAGAGUCGGCUGCUUUUGUGUCGCCUCUGCCUGUCCGCCCACUUGUCACACAGCACAAUGUGAGCUGGCUAACUAGCCGGACAAACCUCAAUCGGAUUAACUGCCAACGGUAGCUAAUAUCAGCUAUUAUUAGCUGCAGGUAACCGCGAUUAUUCGUCCUUUUUAGUCGUUGCUAACGUUCACAUUUCGAUAUUUGUCAGCAUUAAUGUUGCUGCAAGGAAGCUAACACGAGCACAAAAGAGCUGGUGUUCCUUGGCUAUCUUUUUUUAAUUUUAUUUUUUAUUUUUAAAAACAUUUUGUUGGUCUGAUAUUUAUAUUUGUAAAAAGCGAGAGUCAAGACGGUGAAGCCUAUGUGCGACUUUAUGUCAGGCUAGCUGGGAAGAGAACGCUACGAUAUUUCAACCGCAUAGCGCAAGAAGGCAAGAUGUCAGGGAAGGAUAAAGAUAAAGCCGACAAACAGUCCACAACGGAGCGUCUUGUUAAAGCUGUGCCAUACCCGCCACAACAUAAACUGACAAUAAAAGAGCUAUUUGAGGAUAGCAAGCCCAAUGCAGAGCUGCUCCGUAACCACCUCGUGAAAGAGGGUAGGGUGGAAGAAGAUGUGGCUUUAAAGAUCAUCAACGAUGGCGCCAAUAUCCUUCGCCAAGAGAAGUGCAUGCUGGAAGUGGAGGCACCUAUUACAGUGUGUGGAGACGUCCAUGGGCAAUUCUUUGACCUCAUGAAGUUGUUUGAAGUGGGGGGAUCACCCAGCAACACACGGUAUCUCUUCCUCGGAGACUACGUAGAUCGAGGAUACUUCAGCAUUGAGUGCGUUCUCUACCUCUGGUCGCUCAAGAUCAACCACCCCACCACACUCUUCCUCCUGCGAGGGAACCAUGAGUGCCGGCACCUCACAGAGUACUUCACCUUCAAACAGGAAUGUAAAAUUAAGUAUUCAGAAAGGGUCUAUGAUGCCUGUAUGGAGGCUUUUGACUGCCUGCCGCUUGCUGCCCUGCUUAACCAACAGUUCCUGUGUGUCCACGGUGGGCUCUCACCAGAAAUCAACUGCCUUGAUGACAUAAGGAAAUUAGAUAGAUUUAAGGAGCCUCCAGCGUUUGGACCAAUGUGUGAUCUGAUUUGGGCCGACCCUGGUGAAGACUACGGCAGUGAAAAGACAAAUGAACACUUCAACCAUAACUCUGUCAGAGGCUGCUCCUACUUUUUCAGUUACUCUGCUGUCUGUGACUUUUUGGUAAAUAAUAACUUGUUGUCAGUAAUUAGAGCCCAUGAAGCACAAGAUGCAGGAUAUCGGAUGUACAGAAAAAGUCAAACUACUGGCUUCCCUUCAUUAAUCACAAUCUUUUCAGCUCCAAAUUACCUUGAUGUUUACAACAACAAAGCUGCCGUAUUAAAAUAUGAGAACAACGUGAUGAAUAUCAGACAGUUCAACUGUUCCCCCCACCCUUACUGGUUGCCCAAUUUUAUGGACGUCUUCACAUGGUCUUUGCCUUUUGUCGGGGAGAAAGUGACAGAGAUGUUGGUGAAUGUGCUCAACAUUUGCUCUGACGAUGAGCUCAUGUCAGAGGGAGACGAUCUCUAUGAAGGUGGCACCACAGCAAUGCGUAAGGAGGUCAUCCGCAACAAGAUCCGUGCAGUGGGGAAAAUGGCUCGGGUCUUCUCAGUACUCAGGGAGGAGAGUGAAAAUGUAUUAACUCUCAAAGGCCUGACUCCGACCGGAACGCUUCCCGUGGGAGUACUGUCAGGUGGCAAGCAGACCUUACAAACCGCUACCAUUGAGGCAGCUAAAGCAAAAGCCAUCCAAGGCUUCUCUCCCACGCGGAAGAUUCGUAACUUCGAGGAGGCCCGCGGCCUGGACAGGAUCAACGAGCGGAUGCCGCCUCGCAAAGACGCCCAGCAACCUGACGGCACCAUCAACACCAGUGCACCCAACAACAACGGCACCGAUGGAUAAAUCGCCCAGAAAAACACAUUUUAGUCAUCUUAACACAUCCUCCCCUCCCCACUUCCUCCCCCACCUCCUGCCUGCACACCCUGGCUGGCAACAGGAAACAUCGCUGGGGGAAAAAAAGACAAACUGUAUUUAUUAAAAGCAUACAUUAGAUAUUUUGUGUCAUAGCAUCCAGUGAUGGAAUGAAGACAUGUUGCAGUGUAAAGGUACAUGCACACCCAUGCUUGCAUCACAGCAGGUACAGUAUGUACAGUAGUAUUCCCCCUCUUUUGGAUCUUCUGGCCUUUUCUUGCUUUUAUCAAUGAAAUCAUGCUCACUUCAAUGGAGCUUUCUUGACAAGAAAUGUUCCUUUCUUUUAGGCCCCCAUUCCUGGUUGGCUCUCGCGUGACUAGAAGAGGCGGGUUAAAUCAUUUUUGCAAUGCAGCCUGCUGAAAAUGACCGAAAGCGAGCGCCACGCUACAUAGCGACUGAUGCCGUGGUCAAAGUUGGAAUUGCCACAAAAGUACAUUUGAAGAUAUGUACCCCGAUUCGUCACGUUUCAGGAGUCAGGUAAACCAUGACGAAUGGGGCCAUAUCAAUCCCCUUUAAUAUAUAUAUAUAUAUAUAUAUAUAUAUAUAUAUAUAUAUAUAUAUAUAUUAUUACAUAUUUAUAAGUAUUCACCCCCUGAACGUCAUAUUUAUAACCGAUCAAACUGUCAGGUUGCAAUGUGGGCUUCAAUUCUUGAACUCGCAGCCCACAGGUCCACAUUUUGUGGCCCUCUACUUAACUUCAUAGUUUAGUGCAGUGUUUUUCAACCACUGUGCAUACUUGCCAACCCUCCCGAUUUUCCCGGGAGACUCCCGAAUUUCAGUGCCCCUCCCGAAAAUCUCCCAGGGGGCAACCAUUCUCCCGAAUUUCUCCCGAUUUCCACCCUAACAACUAUAUUGGGGGCGUGCCUUAAAGGCACUGCCUUCAGCGUCCUCUACAACCUGUCGUCACGCCCGCUUUUCCUCCAUACAAACAGCGUGCCGGUCCAGUCACAUAAUAUCUACGGCUUUUUACACACACACACAAGUGAAUGUAAGCAUACUUGGUCAACAGCCAUACAGGUCACACUGAGGGUGGCCGUAUAAACAACUUUAACACUGUUACAAAUAUGCGCCACACUGUGAACCCACACCAAACAAGAAUGACAAACACAUUUCGGGAGAACAUCCGCACCGUAACACAACAAACACAACAGAACAAAUACCCAGAACCCCUUGCAGCACUAACUCUUCCGGGACGCUACAGUAUACGCCCCCCCAACUCAACUCGCCCCCAACUCAAAGGUUGCCUGUAACACGGCAGUAAAACGGCUGAUUAUACAAAACAGAAAAGGCAUUAAUGUCUUUAUUCAUUGUUUUUGAGAUAAAUACAAUUGUAUCCUUUUUUAAGAAGGUUCAAGAUGUUUAUCAGGAUUGUUCUUCUUUGUACCAGUUUCUUAAAGUGGAUCAUUUUAGUACUUUGAUUUCUUUGCAUAAUCCAUCAUUUAAUAGAAUUAAUAAUAUAAUGUAUAUUAGCCGUACCUUUGUACAUAGUUGCCAACCCUCCCGAAUUUUCCGGGAGACUCCCGAAAUUCAGCGCCUCUCCCGAAAACCUCCCGGGACAAAUAUUCUCCCGAAAAUCUCCCGGUUUUCAGAGUGAGGACAGCCUUUUUUCACGACGGGAGGACAACAGGGUGACAAGAACUAAAUCAUCCAGACUAGAGAUAAAUUGUAUUAUUAUGUUUAUCUUACCUAAAAAUAAAUAUAUUUAUUAAUAAAAAAAAAAAAAAAAACUAAAUACAUUUUUACUAUAUUUUGCUAAAAACAUCAAAAUUAAAUGUAUUUUUUAUUUUUUCUGACUCCUUAUUACAUCCAGCCAUAGAAUUUUACAUUAAAAUAAACAUAUUUGAAAUAAUUAAUUUUAAAUUAUCAUAAUAAUUUAUUUAAUUAUUAAAAUAAUUGCUUGUUUAUCAACAACUUUAGCAUUUUAUUCACUACAUUUUGAAGCUCUCAGAAGCCAAGUUAUGUUAUAUUCCUUAAUAUUUAUUUAUGCAAGUUUGAAGUAUCAAUUAUCCAAACAGUUUUGUUUGCAUAUUUUCAGGAUAUA